AAUUCAAAAUGUGCAAUCAUCUAAGCAAUAAAAACCCAAUCUUGAGUCUUGAAACCAAGCCAAAAAAGUGAAGAAAUUUGCUACAGAAAUGGUAAAUGAGUGAGAAUCAUGUGAUCCACCACUAACCAAAGAAGCCAUAAAUUUGUCCACCAACAAACCAUCCUUUUCUUUUGUUUUUGUUUUCUCUUGGGGGGGAAGUUUUUUUAGUGUUUACCAGCACUUUUAACUCUUAAAAGACCUAUCUUUCUUCUCUUGUUUGUUUGUUGUUGGUUUGUUUUGUUUUUGGUUACAAUGGCUUCUAGUGCUUCAAGGUUCAUCAAGUGUGUGACAGUUGGUGAUGGAGCUGUUGGCAAGACUUGCAUGCUUAUUUGCUAUACAAGUAACAAGUUUCCUACUGAUUAUAUACCAACAGUGUUCGAUAACUUCAGUGCAAAUGUGAUAGCUGAAGGCACUACUGUCAACUUAGGCCUCUGGGACACGGCUGGGCAAGAGGAUUACAACAGGUUGAGGCCCUUGAGCUACAGAGGAGCAGAUGUUUUUGUCUUAGCUUUCUCAUUAGUUAGUCGAGCCAGCUAUGAGAAUGUUCUGAAAAAGUGGAUCCCUGAACUUCAGCAUUACUCUCCUGGAGUACCAGUUGUAUUGGUUGGAACCAAAUUGGAUCUUCGUGAGGAUAAACAUUAUUUGGCUGAUCACCCAGGAAUGGUGCCUGUGACCACUGCACAAGGAGAGGAACUCCGUAAACAGAUUGGUGCUUCAUAUUACAUUGAGUGCAGCUCAAAAACUCAGCAGAAUGUGAAGGCAGUGUUUGAUGCUGCAAUCAGGGUAGUUAUCAAACCUCCACAGAAACAAAAGGAGAAGAAGAAAAAGCAACAUCGAGGAUGCCUACUAAAUGUCUUUUGUGGAAGGAACCUUGUGGGUCUGAAAUGAAGAACAUCUUCGUCAGAAUAAUUGUGAAUUGAUUACUAGCCUGUGUCAACAUACCAAUGACCGCCUAGAGAUUCUUCACGCUGUUGGGGUCCUGAGUGUUUGAUUUCCAUGCAGGGAUCCUGUUUGUUUCGUUUCCAUGGAACUUUUUUCUGU